AGCAGAGCAGGAAUGACCUGUCGUUCCACUGACAUGAAGAGUACCGCUUGAAUUUCCUUUUUUUUCGAAAUUUUUCUUGCAGCACUUCCGUAUAGAAAACCAUGGCUGGUACUGAAGAAGACCAGAAAUUCUGCUUACAGGAGGUGCUCGAUACUUUCAAGUUGUGUUUGUCGGAGAACAAAGAAGUCUAUCUUGAACACUACGUCGCUGGGUGGCGUAAACUCAUAAAAUUGCUGAACAGCUUGGGGAGUGUUUUUGGCUUCAUCUCCAAGGAUGCUGUCAACAAGAUCCACAUCCUGGUGGCUCACUUGAAUGGUGAGAACGGGUCUCAGUAUGUCACCGUCCAGUCAAUGGUGAAGUACGAGCUGGAGAACGAACUAGUGGACCUGACCAAGAGAGGCGGCCACCCAGAGUCCGGCUGCCGCACCUUACUGAGGCUCCACCGUGCACUGAGGUGGCUGGAUAUCUUCCUGGACCGCCUCCGCACCAGCAGCGAGGACAGCAAGACUUCCGUCAUGUGUUCAGAGUCUUACAACGAGUCUCUCUCCCAGCACCACCCGUGGGUGGUCCGCAAAGCUGCAGGCAUGGCGUUCUGCAUGCUCCCGGGGCGCCCUGCUUUCUUUGAAGUGAUGAACGUAGGCCCCCCGGAGCAGGUCGUGGCCAAGCUGGGGGAAGCUCUGCCUCUUAUCUCUGAGGUGUACCAGAUCACAGAGCAAAUUUACACUCAACACAACUUAAUGGACUUACCAUAGAGAGCAAACAAUUUAUAUUAUUUGACACUUCAUACAUUACAUGGGCUGUCAAUAUAGCUGCUGUUUGUUUUUAGCAACUUAAGGGUUGUUCCUCAUCUGCAGUGUUAUUAACUAAGCAUACGUUCACUGAUGCUAAUCUGUAUAUUCUACAUUUUUUAAAUAAUAUGUAAAACUACUGCCAAUUUAAAUGUUGCAUGUUUAUCUGCAAUUUUUUAUAAUGGGCCUCUUUUAAACUCAACUUUUGCUUGUAGAUGUAUUCUAUUUAAAGUUAAGUAGAUGAAGGGAACAGUGGGGCCCAAGUCUUAGCUCACUGCUAAGAGCUGUUUGUUUUAAUUAUUUAUUCCAAAAAUUGCUAAAAAAAAAAAAAAAAAGCAUUUGCAACUAUUUUGACAA